GUUACUCAAAGCGUGGAAGGGCCGGCCCUGGGAGGAGAAUUUGGCGGUUUUCCUCUGCAGCUCCCUGCCUUCUGAGCGCCGGGCCAGCUGGGCUGCUGCCAGCGGCUUCCUCCUAGGGGAGCAAGCGGGGGCAGAUCCCGAGACUGGCCAGCUCGGGGGCUCCGAUCCCGGCGCUCGGGCCGGCCGGCUGGCAGCACCCGGGGAAGCUGGAGGAGCCCGGGGAGCUGUGGCGCUCCUCUCCUGCCUCCCGGCCGGUGCCUCGCGGCCCCCUCCUAGCCCAUGACCAGAGCUCCCCAUGGCUCUGAGCAAAGGGCUGCGGCUGCUCCGGAGGCUGGAGCCCCCAGGGGAGAGCAGCAUCCUGCUGGAGGCCCGCAGCCGCCACGACUGUCUGCUCUUCGAGGCCGGCACGGUGGCCACGCUCACUCCAGAAGAAAAGGAGGUAAUCAGAGGCCAGUAUGGGAAACUCAUAGACGCUUAUGGCUGCUUGGGCGAGCUCAGGUUAAUAUCUGGUGGCACACAACUGAGCUUCCUGGUCUUGGUGACAGGCUGUACAUCAGUGGGAAGAAUUCUGGAUGCGGAGAUCUAUAAAAUCACUACAAUAGACUUCUGUCCACUCCAGGAAGAUGUCAAGGAAGAAGACCGUCUCAUUGCCCUGAAAAAAAUUCUCAACUCAGGGAUGUUCUAUUUCUCCUGGCCAAAUGCUGGGUCCAACUUUGACUUGACUGUCCGAGCCCAAAAGCAGGGUGAUGACAAUUAUGAGUUGGGAAAUUCCUUCUUCUGGAAUCAGCUCUUGCAUGUGCCCUUGAAACACUACCAGGUGAACUGCUCUGAUUGGCUGCUCAAGGUGAUCUGUGGAGUGGUGACCAUCCGCACUGUCUAUGCCUCACAUAAACAGGCCAAGGCUUGCCUCAUCUCCCGGAUCAGCUGCGAACGAGCUGGUGCCCGAUUUCACAUCAGGGGGGUGAAUGAUGAUGGACACGUGUCUAAUUUUGUCGAGACAGAACAGACGAUUUACAUGGAUGGUGGUGUGUCGUCUUUUGUCCAGAUCAGAGGCUCAGUUCCACUGUUUUGGGAGCAGCCAGGGCUUCAGGUUGGCUCUCAUCAUCUGAAACUUAACCGAGGUUUAGAAGCAAAUGCCCCUGCUUUUGACAGGCAUAUGAUGCUUCUGAAAGAGCAGUAUGGAAAGCAAGUGAUCGUUAACCUGUUGGGAAGCAGAGGAGGAGAGGAGGUGCUCAACAGAGCCUUUAAGAAGUUGCUUUGGGCCUCUUUCCAUGCUGAAGACACACCUAUGAUAAAUUUUGACUUCCAUCAACUUGCCAAAGGAGGGAAGAUAGAAAAAUUGGAAAAUCUGUUGAGGCCCCAAUUAAAGUUACACUGGGAUGAAUUUGAUGUUUUUGCUAAGGGCGAGAAUGUAAGUCCAUGUUUUCAAAAAGGUACCUUGCGAAUGAAUUGUCUGGACUGCUUGGAUCGAACAAACACUGUACAGUGCUUUAUAGCCCUUGAGGUUCUUCACUUACAACUAGAGCGCUUGGGACUGAAUUCAAAGCCAGUCAUUGAACGCUUUGUGGAAUCAUACAAAGCCAUGUGGUCUCUUAAUGGUCACAACCUGAGCAAAGUCUUUACAGGCAGCCGGGCACUAGAAGGGAAGGCCAAGGUGGGGAAACUCAAGGAUGGGGCCCGGUCUGUAUCUCGAACCAUCCAGUCCAAUUUCUUUGAUGGAGUGAAGCAAGAAGCCAUCAAGCUGCUGCUGGUUGGGGAUGUCUACAAGGACGAGUAUGCUGACAAAGGGAGGAUGCUUAUGGACAGCACGGCUCUUUUAGUGACUCCAAGGAUCUUAAAAGCUAUGUCUGAGCGUCAGUCAGAAUUCACCAAUUUCAAACGGAUUCGCAUUGCCAUGGGAACCUGGAAUGUAAAUGGAGGAAAACAAUUCAGAAGCAACCUUCUCGGCACUGGAGAAUUAACUGACUGGCUGCUGGAUUCUCCCAAGCUUUCAGGGGCUACUGAAUUUCAAGAUGACAGCAGCCCAGCUGACAUAUUUGCAGUGGGAUUCGAAGAGAUGGUGGAAUUGAGCGCAGGAAAUAUUGUCAAUGCUAGCACUACCAAUAGAAAAAUGUGGGGAGAGCAGCUUCAGAAGGCUAUCUCAAGGUCUCAUAGAUACAUCCUGUUGACUUCAGCCCAGCUUGUGGGUGUCUGCCUUUAUAUCUUUGUACGUCCUUACCAUGUCCCAUUUAUCAGGGAUGUAGCAAUUGACACGGUGAAGACUGGCAUGGGAGGAAAAGCUGGGAACAAAGGCGCCGUUGGCAUCCGAUUUCAAUUCCACAGCACUAGCUUCUGUUUUAUAUGUAGUCAUUUGACUGCUGGACAGUCACAGGUCAAAGAGAGGAAUGAAGACUAUAAGGAGAUUACACAGAAGCUCAGUUUCCCCAUGGGAAGAAGUGUCUUUUCUCACGACUAUGUAUUCUGGUGUGGGGAUUUCAAUUACCGAAUUGAUCUUACUUAUGAAGAAGUCUUCUAUUUUGUUAAGCGACAAGACUGGAAGAAACUUCUAGAAUUUGAUCAACUACAACUGCAAAAAUCAAGCGGAAAAAUUUUUAAGGAUUUUCAUGAAGGUACCAUUAAUUUUGGACCCACAUACAAAUAUGACGUUGGCUCAGAAGCUUAUGAUACAAGUGAUAAGUGCCGAACUCCAGCCUGGACUGACAGGGUAUUAUGGUGGAGGAAGAAACAUCCUCUUGAUAAAACAGCGGGAGAGCUCAACCUUCUAGACCACGAUUUAAACGUUGACACCAAAAUCAAACACACCUGGUCUCCUGGUGUGCUUAUGUACUAUGGCCGAGCAGAACUUCAGGCUUCUGAUCACAGACCUGUGUUGGCUGUUGUGGAAGUGGAAGUCCAAGAAGUAGACAUCGACGCCCGGGAGAGAGUCUUCCAAGAAGUGUCAUCUUUCCAGGGACCCUUAGAUGCUACAGUGGUGGUAAACCUACAGUCACCAACCCUAGAAGAAAAAAAUGAGUUCCCUGAGGAUCUGCGGGCUGAGCUUAUGCAAACCUUAGGGAAUUAUGGGACCAUAAUUCUUGUCAGGAUCAAUCAAGGACAAAUGCUGGUGACUUUUGCAGAUAGCCGCUCAGCUCUGAAUGUCUUAGAUGUGGAUGGAAUGAAGGUUAAAGGCAGGGCAGUGAAGAUCAGACCAAAAACAAAGGACUGGCUAAAAGGUUUUCAAGAAGAAAUUGUUCGGAAACGGGACAGCAUCGUGUCCAUGUCCCCCACUGCCAACUCCUGUCUGUUAGAAGAAAACUUUGACAUCUCCAGUUUGGACUAUGAAUCAGAAGGAGACAUUCUUGAUGAGGAUGAAGACUAUUUGAUUGAUGAGCAACAUCCUGCCUUUCUCACUGACGCAGAAUUGUCGGCAGAUGAUAAUUUGGAAUCCCUGGGUUCUUCCACAACAGGGACACCUCCCAGCAAGUCUCCAGCAUUAACCGAAAAGAAAUCUCGCCCAUACAAAGAUGAUGCCGACCUGGCAGAGUUAAAGCAGGAGCUGGAAGCUGUUGGGGACUUCCGCCAUCGUUCUCCAAGCAGGUCUCUGUCUGUUCCCAACAGGCCUCGGCCACCUCACCCACCACAGAGACCCCCCCCUCCAACUGGUUUAGUGGUGAAAAAGUCUGCUUCUGAUGCAUCUAUUUCCUGUGGCACUCAUGGGCAGUAUUCCAUCUUACAGACAGCUAAGCUUCUUCCAGGAGCACCUCAGCAACCACCUAAAGGCAGGACUGGGAUAAGUAAACCAUAUAAUGUCAAACAGAUCAAAACUACCAAUGCUCAGGAAGCCGAGGAAGCCAUUCGGUGCCUCAUGGAAGCAAGAGGAGGAACACAAGAGGAGGCACUAAAUGCAGUUUUCUUAAGGAACCAAGUGUCCACCAAACCAGAGCCCUUAUCUAAUGUGUCCAAGCCAGGAUCUUCUCAGACAACUCAGCUCCUCCCCCAUCGACCUGCACCCAGAGUUCCUGUGAUUAAGAAGCCAGCCCUACGGAGGACAGGAAAACCUUUAUCCCCAGAAGAGCAGUUGGAGCAACAAGUCAUCCAGUUUACAAUCGGGUCCCCAGAGCCUAGUGUUGAAAGCACCACUGUGGUGGUGGCCCCUCGAGUUGCUCCUGUCCCCAAACCAAGAACAUUACAACCUGGGAGAGCUGCUGAGAGAAGACUGAGCAGUGAAAUACAAGCUUCAGCAGAAGUGCCUGUGGAAGGAGAUGCUGUGGUGCCACCACCUUUGGAAACUGCUUCCCCUGUUCCCAAGGUCCCCCCCAGGAGGAAGAAGUCAGCCCCGGCAGCUUUUCACCUACAGGUUCUGCAGAGCAGCAAUCUGCUUCUCCAGGACGUGACUUGCUGUAGCGGUAACAACAAUAACAACCACUACUUUCCCUCCCGGGCUGUCAACCAACCUGACUCAGGCCCACUUGCUUCACAAGCAGACCUUCUUAGCACUUCCCCAGGGCCCAGUCUACAUGGUGACAACACCAAGGUAGUGAAGACUGAGGCGGCCACCAUUCUUGGUGAGCAUCGGGAUCCCUUCCUGAGCCUCCUCCACCACCCAAAGAUGUUGAACACUGGCUGGUUUACUAAGAGUGCUGAGUCUUUGGGUCCAGUGACCCCAAAUCUGGAAAGGGAAUCCCCCAGCCCAGCACAAACGAGUGCUCCAGCCGCUAGGGUGGGACCAUUACCGGCCCAAAGGCACAAAGACUUUGAACACUGGGUUAUAUUCGGUGAUGAUGAAGACAGGAGGACAGCAUUGCAGCUGUUUGAUCCCCUGGCGAAAACAUGACAGAGACCUUUACAAAGACUCACUGCCUUGUAAAGUUGUGUGUCCUUUCUCCCCUCAACAUCCUGUAUAUCCUAUCAAUAAGAAACUCCCUCUAUGUCGAGGGGGGAACUUUCCCCUCAUUUAAGCAGCACAUUGGAGAAAAUAGAAGUGUUUAUUUGGUCUUGUGCAGUUUUCUGAAAAUAGUUUAUCUUUCAUCAGUAGGAUCCAUUGUCAUUCCUCCAUCUUAGCCCCUGAGAAAAUGCUUUGUUGCAAGUUUGGGCAUGUUGGGUUCUUUUUCUCUUUGUGUACCUUCCUCCUUUCUCACCCUUGAUUUCUGCACCCCCUUAAAAAUGUUUCAUUGUAUGUGUGUUUAGGGAGAGAAGCUGCAAACCUAGUGGGUAUUUUGCCCCAGAAUAUGAUUUCUUUCUUUGAAUUUGGACUGCAUGUUACAAGUCACAAGAUACUUGUGUGCUUUCUGUAUAAAAUAGCUGACAUACAGCCAUUAAUGGUACCAUAUGUUGCUCACCAUUACUUUUAGACUGGCCUUGCUUUAAAACUGUCAGCUUUCGGGGCAGCUAGGUGGUGCAGUGGAUAAAGCACCGGCCCUGGAUUCAGGAGUACCUGAGUUCAAAUCCGGCCUCAGACACUUGACACUUACUAGCUGUGUGACCCUGGGCAAGUCACUUAACCCCCAUUGCCCCUCAAAAAAACAAAAACAAAACUCAGCUUUCAGUCAGCUAAUUUGCUGAAAAGCCCUGAGACCAAAAUGAUUGAAAACGUGUGGAAGACAGUGUUGGAAGAGGUAAGCAAAAGUAAACCAAAUGCCCAAAUGUGCAUUCCAUUGAUCCUGUGUCAUAGGAUUCUUGUCCACAUGCAUAAGAGCAUGGAUUUAUAUUGAGCCUAUAUCUAGUGUUUCAACUCUAGCUCAAAUUGACUAAAAAAAAAAUAUAAGUGUGUGUGUGUGCGUGUGUGUGUGUAUGUGUGUGUGUGUGUAUAUUUUUUUUUUCCUGCACCAUGUCCUAUGUGAUAUUUCUCUUAAACUGCUGCAGAUCUUUGGCAUGUUUUUAAAUUAUGUUUUUAAACUCCAUAGCUAGUAUACCACAUAAAACCUCACUAAUACUUUUCUUAUGUAUUCCACAGAAUAAGCACAAAAUGAGUAACUUUGUUCAGUGAUUGUGCACCAUUUAGAGUCCACAUUAUUCUGGCCUUUCUACCCAGAGCUUUCUCGAGGGGCAGUACCAUACACCCCAUCCUUAACCAACCCCUUCAGACAAAAUCUCAUUCUUUUGGGUGAGCUUUUGUCCCUUCAGCUUUAAAAUCACAUUGAUUUCUGGCUCUCUAAACAAUACUGAAGGUGGUAGGAGUUGUUUUUAAAAUGGUUAGCCCUGAGUUACUCUGCUUUUCACUUGGAGCUGAUCAGAUUUUCCUCAUGGAAUCUACUGGUCACUCAGGGAAAAUAGCAGAAGAACUUCAAGCAAUUGCACAGAAACACAAAUGAAUACCACUUGUUUACUCUGCUCAGCCUGAGUGACUAAUACUUCCUUACAGAUAAGGUUAAACCUAGCUUUGGAGAUGGUACAGGAAAAAGACAUGGUAUAGAAUGGGCAGCAGGUUCUCUACUAUUGUUUCCCUAGAUCUUCAAUUUUAAUUCACUUUAAUUUUUAAAUAAUAAACAUGGUGUUAUACCAGUUUUAGGAGUUAUGGGAGGGCAGCUUCAAAUAAAAAAAUGACAAUAUGUUACAGUCCUCAAAAGUCUGAAUGUUUUUGGUUCCAGGACACCCAGAGCCUGGUAGGUAAUAUGUUAAGACAAGAAGAUAAAGCAAAAAAUACUACAGUAGCCUAUUUAUCUUCCUGCAGAGAUUUUGGCUUUUUAGUUCUUUGAGAUACCUUGAAUAUUUCAUUCUUCUUCUUCCUUUUUUUUUUUUCUUUUUUGGUGAGGCAAUUGGGGUUAAGUGACUUGCCCGGGGUCACACAGCUAGUAAGUGUUAAGUGUCUGAGGCCGGAUUUGAACUCAGGUCCUCCUGAAUCCAGGGCUGGCGCUCUGUCCACUAUGCCACCUAGCUGCCUCCUAUGUCAUUUACAGAACCAAGAUUCAAGGAAUAGCCAAGCAUGUCCUCUUCUACACAUUCUCUCUCUCUCUCUCUCUCACACACACACACACACACACACACACACACACACACACACACACACACACACACACGGCAUUCCCCUUUCCUUUGCCCCCAUUCUUAAAUACUUGGUUGUGGUGAAGGUGAUUAGGACUAGGCUAAUUAUAACCAUGUUGUCCUUUUACUUCUUUCCACAGCCAGCUUCUGGGUUUUGAGAUGGCUCUCUUUUAAUUAAUUAAUUAAUUAAUUAAUUAAAUUAAUACUAGCCUUCCCUGAAAAAGACAACCUCUCUUGUAAUCUUGAGACAGUUUUUAGAAGAAAUGGACAUGUUAGGAGCCCCCAGUUUCUCAAAUGAUAUCUGUAUGGAAACUGAGAAAGCACUGUGAAUUUGUUCAUGUGACUUUUCCCUGUGCUGUGAAGCAGACAGGCUACCUAUGAAUUAUUCCUAUUUGUUACCAGUCAGGAGAUUGAGGCUAAGAAAUUAAAUCAUCUCAGGACCAGAAUCCAAGUCUUCUGAGUCUUUCCAAAAGGUAUAUAUCACCUUUCAGUUCAGCAAUCUGCUAAGGAAAAACUGGGAAGGAAAAAGCCAAAGGAUUAAAGAAAGUUUGGAAGAAAUUGAAUAUAAUGUGGUUGGGUUUGUUUUUUAAGUUACCUGUAAACAGAGAAAAACUUAAAAAAAUAUAUAUUUUUAGAAAAGCAGAUGAAACUGACAGAUGAAAGGAAAAUAGAAAUUGUGCACAUGUUAGCAGAAGAUGGAUUUUGAGUUGAUAGAACAUUCAAUAAGUUCUCCUACACUGUGAUUUUAUUUUUAAAAUCGGCAGUUUGGGUUUAUAAAAUGAUAGAUAAUCUAGGUUCUGGGUCUUUCAUAUGUCAUGGACCCCUCUGGCAGUCUGGUGAAACCUUACAAUAAUAUUACAUAGGGUUACAAAGGAAAAGAAUUAGACUGAAAUAAAGAUGGAAUGUUUCUUUCUACCAGACUCAUGAACCCAGUUUAAAAUCCCUGAUUCAGUUUGGUGAAUUUACUUCUGCAAUUUUGCUUUUUAGUUUUUCCACUAAAAUAGUCUGUUGUAAUACAACUACUACUAGUCUGCUACAUUUAAUACAGAUGGCAAUAGGUUACUACAGAGUUUUUUAGGUACCU